UACAGCUCGAUUACAAAGAAAAUGAUAACAAAUAAAGUACGUCACACAAAUACUUCAGUGAUACACGGUAAAGUACUGAAAUUGUGCAGUGUAAACGUAUUUAAUUGUGUAAUUAAAAUUUAAAACACUAAUGAUUCUUGGAGGAAAAUGCAUCGAAACGACAUAGUUGUAGCUGCUAUCCUUGCCACCUGUGCCUGUAUAGCAGUGGCUCAAACCCCCGUGCCUCGGUGCUUCGACUUCACCUGGCUAGGACCUCGGUACUCCAAUGAGAGUAUUUUUAGGAACGCCACAUGCCAGGACGCAACCAGGCUAGCCAGCGGUAUACCUUGCAGAGAACCACUUGUAGUCUCUGAGGACGGCACUUGGCCAGACGUGCACUACAUUUGGCAGAACUAUGCGGAGCACGCGUCCUGCGUGCUGGCCAGCAACGACGUAUGUGCCCAGUUCACCUACUAUUUCAAUGGACAAGCGGAAAAUUCAACCUACAUGUGCACUCGAGCCGUGGACAACAUGGGAAUGGCCAUCACAAGUGGCUGUUAUGAUCAAGUGAAUGGAACCUUCCGCACAAGGGCUUGCUUCUGUCGCUCUGUUGACAAAAUGUACUCCGUAUUAACAAGAGGCAAUGCAAUACUAACGUACACGUUAAGUGUCUUAGCAUGUCUCACAUUUUUAUGUUUUCUGUCCACAUUAACUGUGGAUUACAGAACUGCCGCACAAAUGAACACAGUGAAGGUGGUCGUUAAAAACGUCCCAGAUUACGGCGCCUCACGUGAAAGGAAUGAUCUCGGAUUUUUGACUUUCGAUCUGAAGACUGAUCUCUCCCACCUCUUCAACUGGAAUGUGAAGCAGCUGUUCCUGUACCUAACUGCUGAAUACAUCACAACCAACAAUGAACUCAAUCAAGUAGUUCUUUGGGAUAAAAUUAUCCUCCGUGGUGAAAAUGCUGUAUUAGACUUUAAAAACAUGAACACAAAAUACUAUUUCUGGGAUGAUGGAAAUGGUUUAAAAGGUCACAACAACGUCACACUGACCCUGUCUUGGAACAUCAUACCCAAUGCAGGGCUGCUGCCAAACAUCCAAGCUCUUGGACAACACUCCUUCAAGUUCCCCACAGAGUAUACACAGACAAAGGUAUGAUCCGAAAGGAUCCACCAUUAAGUUAUGGUGUAGCUGAGAUUGCUAUGAUAAUUAUUAUGGUAAGAUUUGUCAAAUUAUAAUGAUUUACUCUAUGCCGGACUUUAAUUUUAAUAUCCUAAACAUAAACCUAAUUAGUGUUUCUAGAGAUCAGUUUGUAGGAUAUUUUUGAUUAUCAUUAACAGUUAAAGAAUAAGUAUGUCUGACAGGUUUAUUCAUUAUAUUGUCAUCUUUGCGAGUUCCUUCCCUUGCAUUUCCUCUCCCAAUUUUUUUCAUUUCAUACAUUGUCAUACACCAAGGUGGGACAGCUAUAUUAUGGUCCAAUAACAUCUCAAAUUGCAUAUAAUUCAUAGUAUAUUAUGAGAUGAAACAAUAAAAACAAUCAAUUUAUGUGUAUUGUAUAUUUAUUUUAUCAAUUACAUUUUAAACAUUUAUCUUUUCGCUCUACAUGUGUUGUUCUACAGCAGAAAAAAACUAGGUAUCAACUAUUAAUUUUAUCUAAAAAUUUGUAUAUUUCGUAACCAACGUAGGUAGUAUUAAAUUAUAAAAGUUUAUCUGUGUUAUUCUGUAGCAAAUGCAUAGAUUUUUCAGUAGGUUUUUGUGAUUGUGCGUAGACAACUGCAUUAGAACUUAAUACAUAAUUCAUCUAUAAUCUAUUCAUACAUACUGAUUUUACUAUAUUUUUAUAUAAUUUUCAACUGCAAUUAUUGAAUGCAUAAAUGCAAGUAGACUAAAGAAGCAAUCUGAUCUAAUAUUUAAUUAAUGUUCAUUUACUACAUACAUUUUAAUAUCUCCCAUAAGCACAAUAACUAUCAUGUUAAUGAGGUAAAGGUAUUUUACAAUUUCAGAGCCACUUUAGAAACAUUCUAUCAAAAUACAAAUUACAAACCUAAACUGACUAUAAUUAGAUUUAUCUUGUAAAUUUUAUCCUUAAUAUAUUCUAAUAAAUGUUUG